AUGCUCAUUCAUGUUAAAGGCCAUCCCCACUUACCAGCGGCUGCUCUUCUCCCCCCUCCGCCCGCCCUUGCAGCUCUCCCUCUCGUCCGGCCCCUCUCCCUGUCCGCUGACCCAUCCCUUGACCUCUCCUCACCGCAUGCGGAUUUGGAUUCUCUCCUGCCGGCCACUGGCGCAGUGCUGCUGCUGCACGAUAGGGAAGCCUAUUCAGGAAUCACCUCCUUUCUUACUGCCUUUCCCCUGGUCCCCUUGCAGCUCUCACUCUCCUCCGGUCCCUCCCUUGACCUCUCCUCGCCGCAUGCGGAUUUGGCCUCCCUCCUGCCGGCCACUGGUGCGGUGCUGCUGCUGCACGAUCGGGGGAGGCUGGGGGCAGAGGGGGAGACGGGGGAGAAGGGUUCAGAGGGGGCGGAGGGAGAGAAGGGGCCGACGGUGGAGGAAGGAAAGGAGGGUGGUACGGGGGAGAGCAGCAGGGAGGAUGAUGCAGAGCUUGCAAGGCGACUGCAGCGUGUUGUGUGCAAGACGGGCAAGGCAAGGGGGGGUGGGUGGGUGACUUGGUCAGGCGGCAUUGGAGGGGAGGGGCGACUGCUGUCACAAUGGAGCAAUGCUUUGCAGUACGAGGACCCAUCACGCCAGGCCAAGGCGCACUCGCUCAUUCCUCUUCAGGCCUUGGCUCCCCCUCGGGCAUUAUUUUUUCGCAUGCCCUCCACUCAUUCCCUCAUAUCACUUGCGAUCCCUCAUCCCUCUCUACACACACUCCACUCCACACUUCACUUUCCGACAGUACGAGGACUCGUCAUCAAGCCAGGCCGAGGCGCGCCCGCUCAUUCCUCUGCAGCAGAGUACGAGGAUCCAUCACGCCAAGCCAAGGCGCGCUCGCUCAUUCCCCUGCAACAGCUGGAGGAGGCCGCUGCAGUCUCCCUAGCCAAGCUGGAGGAGGGCGCUGCAGUCUCCCUAGCCAAGGUCAGGGUUUGCCUCAUUCCUCUCCAGCAGCAGCUGGAGGAGGCAGCUGUAGGAGGCAGCAUUCCCUUAGCUAAGCAAGGCCAGUACCAGCCGUCAGAGGAAGAGUUUCGUGACGCUCUGUUGAGGCAGCUACUGGUCUGGUUCAAGUCCUGGUUCAGAUGGGUGGACUCCCCUCCAUGCCCCCGCUGCCGCACCCCCACCUGUGCCUUCCACGGCAGCAGCACUCCAUCCACUGAUGAUCUGCUAUGGGGGGGGGAGCGGGUGGAGCUGCACAGGUGCAAGCAGUGCGGCACGGUGGCUCGCUUCGUGCGGUACAACGACCCUGCCAAGGUUAGUCCUCGGUGUAACCUGUCAUCUCCUCCGUAUGAACCGUCCUCUCUUCAUGCCACUGUGGACAGGGCUGAGCUGGUUCACAUCCGGCCUUCUUCCCUUUCCUUUUCCUCCUCCCCUUCUCAUUCUUCCCUCCCAUUCUCCCCAGCUUCUGGACACCAGGGAGGGCCGCUGUGGGGAGUGGGCCAACGCCUUCACUCUCUGCUUUUCUCUGCGAGGGCUGAGCUGUCCCAUCCAUCCACGGUUGCCCUUCUUUCUCAACCUCCCUUCCCCCUUCCCUCCCCCCCUCCCACCACCCAGCUUCUGGACACCAGGGAGGGCCGCUGUGGCGAGUGGGCCAAUGCCUUCACUCUCUGCUGCCGGGCUUUGGGCUAUGAUGCCAGGCAGGUGUGUGUGAUCAUAGAGAGGCAGGCAGUGGAUUGGACGGAUCAUGUGUGGACGGAGUGCUACUCGCAUGCCAAGCAGAGGUGGCUGCAUCUGGACCCGUGUGAAGCAGCCUUUGACACGCCUCUGCUCUACGAAAAAGGGUGGGGCAAGAAGCUGUCGUACGUGUUUGGAGUGGGGAGGGAUGGGGUUGCUGACGUCAUCAGAAGAUACACACGAAAAUGGAGCGAGGCGGGCAGAAGCAUCAGAGGUGGGAGUAGCAGCAGAAGUGGCAGCGGUGACAGCGAGGGCUCGAGCUGGGCUUGGUGUAGAUGGGAGGAGGCUGUUCAAAGAGAGAAGGUGGCAGCACAGUGGCCUCAGUCGCAGCGGCAGCUGAUUGAAGCUAGCGGUAGCUGCAGACAGUCCUUCUCUUUUCGUCCUCAACCAUCCUUCCUUUUCCCCCUUUCCCCCCUCCCACUUUUCCUCCACCCACCCAAACCCGCUCCCUCUAAUCAGCUCCAGCACAGGCGGACAGAAGCAUCAGAGGCAGCUGUGGCAACGGCAGUGGCAGCGGUGACAGCAAGAGCUCGAGCCAGUCUUAAUGUGGACGAGAGGAGGCGGUUGGAGGAGAGGGAUGCGAGGGAGAGAGAGGAGCUGAGUGGAGGGAGGGGAGGAGGGAAGGAGGGAGGAGGAGAAGAGGGAGGGGUAAGGGAUGGUGUGGUGUUGGGAGGGAGGCAGACUGGUUCUGUGGAGUGGAGAGCAGCGAGGGGGGAACUGGGGUUGGAGAAUGGUGAGGGUGAUGGGGGGGACAAGGGGAAAGAGGGGAAGGAUGGGAGGUUGGAGAGGAGGAUGGUGGAUGAGCAUGUGGGUGCACUGCUGCUUGCUGUAGGGGACAUGUGUCGUUAUGUUAUUGGCUCUCCAAGUCUUGAAGCAGCAUCAGCAGCAGCAGAAACAGCGCAGAAGUCGCUAGGCACAUCUUUAGACGCUCUCCUCUCUCUGCUCUCUGUUCUCCGCUCGCUCCCCUUCCGCUCCCGCUCGUUGCCAUUCAACGACAAUCGAUGCGAUCCCUUUCGCACGAUACUCUUGGAUGCACUGGCGACGUCUACGGUUGGUGGGACUGGUGGUGCGGUUGCUGCUUCCGGUACCUCUGCUGGUAGUGGUGGCUCUUCUGCUGCUGCUGUUCCCCUGCUAUCCCUCCUGACUGCCAUGGGGGUUCAGAUCUGGAAGGAGGAGGAGGGAGAGAAGGAGGGGAGUGAGGGGGCGGGGUGGAUAGUCGGGGUGAAGGAGUGUGAAGCUGAAGGAGUAGAGGGGGCCAGUGCAGAGGCGAGGAAAGAAAAGGGGGGAGUAGUGGCGGAGGAAAAAGGGGUGGGAGGGUGGAGGUACGGAAAACGGGCUGUGCUGGCAGCUAUGGCGAUGGAGGCAGCACAGGAGGUGCUGCCACGUGUCAAGCAGGCAUUGGAGAUGCGGGCCGGGAAUGGUGGGGGUGGAGAUGCAUCGUGGCUGCAGGGGUUGGUGCAGCAUGAGAGGGUGUGUGGUGGCAUGGUGUCAGCAGAUGGGGAGAACGCUCCCAAUGAGAUGGCCGUCUCAGCAUGCGAUGCAGCGCUGCACACCAAAUGGCUGCACCAUGAGGGAGGGAAAGGUAAGAUGUUCCCAGCUGCCAUGCCAUACUGGUGGUGUUCUCUAGGCACUGGCGGAGGGGGAGCGAGGGGAAAUAGGAAUCUUCCCCUCUGCGUUUUUUGGUUAGACACGCCGUGGGAGGUGGAGAAAUCUGCUUUUGAGUCGACUCAAAAGCGGGAGGUGGAGAAAUCUGCUUUUGAGUCGACUCAAAAGCGGGAGGUGGAGAAAUCUGCUUUUGAGUCGACUCAAAAGCGGGAGGUGGAGAAAUCUGCUUUUGAGUCGACUCAAAAGUGGGAGGUGGAGAAAUCUGCUUUUGAGUCGACUCAAAAGCGGGAGGUGGAGAAAUCGAGCCCUGAAACACCUUUCGGAACCAUCAUCAGCUUGUCAUCUCAGCCGUCCGAGAUCCUUCCUGCAGCUGCCUUCAGCUUGCGUGCUUUGACCUUUACACUGCACGCCAGCAGCCUGCACAGGCAAAUGAUCAGAAUACACAUACAGCCACAGGAGCUGUGGACGGCAAUAGCCAUGCCGUUUGUGAUGGGGGAAAAGCUUCACUGCCAUCUUCAGUGGUUACCGCAGCAGCUGCAGCAGCGGCAGCAGCAGCGGCUAGAGAGCAAUUUGCUGUGGCAGUACGUGAAGAGUUUCAACGUCUCCUGGUGGAAGAGAAGGUACCUGCAAAUGAGGCAGCUGCGCGAGCUCUGA